ACAGAAGAUCUCCAAACGCCUUUAUUCUUUAUCGUCGAGCAAAACAACCUCAAAUUGUUGCUCAACAUCAAGGCAUCUCAAACGAUGAUGUAUCUGAAGAAAGAAGAACAUACCCUGAAUAUAGAUAUAAACCCCAACGACCUCAAGAACGAAAACGACGAAUGCCUGCUACGGCACGAGAUGCUUCAACCAGACGUGUUUCUGCUCCUGGCUUACCACAUAAUUUACUUGUAGAUGAUUCAGCAAAGCGUCAGGAUCUAGGCGCAUUUCCUCAGGACUAA